AAUAAAUGUAGACUGACUGACAGGUGUUAGUUACCCUUGUGUAAUCGAACACCCCCCCUGUAAACCUCUUCUCAGGGUUAAGAGUGCUUCUGACCAGGACUGUUCAAGCACCUCUUGUGUUGCAAAAGGUCUUCAUUGAAGUGUUUUACCAAGCUGGUAGGUCGUUUCUAUUUCAAAGCUACAAUCUUGCAAGCACGCGGCGAUCAAUAAAGGGACUUCAAAUAAAUAAAACAUGAUUCAUAAAUUGUUUACUGAACUAAUGCUUUGAAGUGCAUGCUGGUUAUUAGAAAAACAAACGUGUGUGUGUGUGGCACACAAAAAAAAUUGCAAAAUAUAAUAUUUUGAUGCAGUUAUAUAACUAUAUAUUAUAAAUGUGUCGGUAUGCAUUUUGGUGCAUACAUUUGUUUAGGAAAAAAAAAAUGUAUAGCUGUCACUACGAUGUCAGUACAGACAGCCUCUGCACAGUAAACCUGCACCGUGAUACAGUCAUUACGGUAGAGGGUAUUAAGCACCUUAUGGUGUGACAGGUGGACGCACGUUUUCUAUAACCUGCACUGGAGAUAAUAAACACAUCAACAUUAAAAAAGUUAAUAGUUUUGUUUAGUUUUAUAUGACACAAUGUCUGUGUAUUGCUGCAGAUACUGGUUUUGCAACUACAGUGUUGUAUAAAGAAAACAUACUGUACUAUUAACAAAGUAUUCACAAUACAAUCCAUACGAAAUAAACAUAAAGACUAAGUAUGAUUUUAAAUCGAAAUUGAUGGUGUUUUAAGAAGCUUUUUUUCAUUGUGUAAAAUUUCCGUUCCUGAUGACGUUCUACACAGAGCAACGACCUGCUGGAGUGUUUAUAGCAACGGUAACUAUGGCGUAGUUGAGUGUAGGGUCCUGGCAGCCUUGUUAUAAAAACACAUUCCGAUGUUAAAGCUUAUAGAAUAUAUACACAGUACCGUUAGAAAUAUUGUUCGUUCGUUUUUUGUUGACAUUUUCUAAGAGGUGGAUUUACUUUAGCUGUCGCUGUGUUCAGUUUGAACAGGCAGCGUUUAUGACCUCACUUCGUCUGCUUUCCUAAGUCGAGGCGGGACUUUGCAAACAGAAGGCCGGUUUGGUAGAUCAAACGGCGGAGUAUUAUUGACACGUUUUUCAGUCUAAGAAAUCUUACCUUUUAAUGUUUAAAAGAACUAUAUUAUUACACAAUGCUGUCACCAGAGAGGUCUCUGUGCGUGUUGAACCGUGCAAUCGAACGGUGUACGAGGGAAGAGCGGAGGAUACAGGAGAGCAUUCACCACUGCAGACAGCUGCUCCAGCCGUGGAGAAAGGAGACACAGGAGAUCUCUAAGGAAGAGUCAAAACCCGUCGCCAAAGAAGAGCGUGGCCCCCUUCCGGAGGAGAGGCAGGAGAUGGAGUUACUGGAGCGUGUCCUGGAAAAAGCCCUGCGGAUUCGGAGCACAGGCCUCAUUGAGGACCUUGGGGUGCUUGGGAAGGAGAGCCACGAGAAGGAUAGGGGUGCGACCGACUGCACCGGCCACCGUGACACCCAGCGAGCCACCACCACCAAGACAAGGAGCUCCACAAGCGUGGCACAGGAGAGCAGGAGAACAGCAGCCACUAAAGCAGGGCCACAGCGGCUCUCGGGGACGGAGACUAGAGGGGCCAAGCAUCCCGCCGCUCGGUCUGCCAGAACACAACAGCAGGCAUGGGAAAGCUCUCUGAAAGGGGCGCCCGUGUCCCGCAAGGUUAAGCAGCCCUCUGCGGCAAGCGGCAAGAGACAGCAGUACGCACCCAGCUCUGCACCAGUCUCCAUCCACUUGGACACUGCCGUGGUCAGCAUACAGGCUCUCACAGCAAUCCAGGAGUCUGUCAGGAAUCGUGAGCAUUCAGAGGAGAAGGGGGUCACUGCGUCCGGCGAGGAGGAGAGGAGAGCAUUCUCACUCAGAGAGGAUGGAAAAACUUUACAGCUUCCCCUGGCCUGGAGAAAGCAGUGCCUGAAACACUCUAGGCUGUGGGACAAGGUCUCUCUAUCCCAAACCAACCCCGGAGUGGAGAGAAUGCGUUUUAUUGAGAGACUGCAGAGCAUUUUUCAUUCUGAGCUCCCAGCUUGCAGUCCUGCGGACGUCAGUGAUGAGAUUGUGAAGCUCCAGGGAUCGUGCUCAGAUCUCAGGCGAGGCUUUGUGAAUGAGCAGCAAGCACAAUGCACAGCUUCUGCAAGCUGGGAAAGGGAUUAUGAGAGUAUGCUGACGAUAGAGGCCUUGCAAGGGACUGUAUCAAAACUGCUUUACCAGAUCAAAGAGUUAAAGGAAGCGGUGGAGGCAUGGGAGGACGUGUUUCCGGGCGGUUGCUGUUCGCCGGGGACAGGAACCCUCAGGGGGAAGACAAUAAGUGGGACUCCGGUCCUGCGUUACUCCAGUGUACAGGAACUGAAAGAGCUGGAGAUGCUGAAACACAGUGUGAACGUCCUGCAGCAGCAGAUUGAGAUUCACAAGGUGAUGUCUGAGGAGCUGACCCCCUGGUUCCCCCCCAUGUUGUCCUCGGGACGUCCCGACCCGGCUCUGACACGCGGGCUGUACUCUCUGCUGGGUGAGGGUGGGCAGCAGUUCCCUGCCUUGGUUCUAGACAAUGUGCCUGACUAGAAAAAAACAAACAAAAAACAAAAAACAAAAA